UGCACGAACAGCAGCCCUGCGGCAGCCGCCGCCGCCGCGCCAGACCACGACUCUCUGAAUGAAUCGGCAGCCGGCGGGCGGCACCAACCGCGGCCGGCUCGGAGGGUGGCGGGGACCACAGGAGCCGCGUCUCAUACGGCGGGGAGCUGGCAGCCGUGAAUCGGGCACCCCCGCUGCCUGUGCCAGCGCCGAGCACUCGGAUACAUUUUGUGAAUGGGAGUUAGGAAGGGAGCCCGUGUUCGUGGGUAGGUGAACCCGCCACCGGGGCAGUGCAGCGCUACGAGCUCCAUACACGGGGGCCGCUCCGGAGCGGAGCCCGGGACCCGGACCGGAUUGGGGGGGAGCGGAACCCUAAACCGGGACCGGAUCGGGGGAGCAGAACCCGGAACCGGAUCGGGGGAGCAGAACCCGGAACCGGGACCGGUUCGGGGGUAACGGAGCCCGGGACCGGAUCGGGGGUAACGGAGCCCGGAACCGGAUCGGGGGUAACGGAGCCCGGAACCGGGACCGGUUCGGGGGUAACGGAGCCCGGAACCUGAACAAAAUCGGGGAGAGCGAGGCCGAAACCGGAAUCAUAUCUAAGCAGCGAAGCGCUGAACCUGAACCAGAACCAGACCGGGGGAGCGAAGCCCUAACAGUAGAUAAGACCGACUGAGGGAAGCGGCGCACGGAAGCCGGAGUCAAGACAGAACCGGGGAGCGGAACCCGUAACUGACCUGAACAGGUGGAGCGGAGCGGAGUGGGGAACCCGGUGCCCGGGCUGGAUCUGAGCCCGGCACGACGCGACGGGAUUUCGGCUCCGGUCUGACACUCGGACAUGAGCACCACGACCCUGAACAGCGGCGCCCAGGCACCAGAGGCGGUCGGCAUGAAAGUGAAGCCGGCGCCGGAGGGGCUCCGGGUCACCACCGAGGAGGAGCUGCUGAAGAAAGAGCGCGUCACCCCAGAGGAUGUACUGGGGCUGCAGCGGGUCACCCAGAGGUAUCUAUGUGCCCCCGAGGACAACAUUUACAACAUCGAUUUCACCAGGUUUAAGAUUCGAGACAUGGAGUCCGGCGCUGUGCUCUUCGAGAUCACCAAACCUCUGGCCUCAGAGCGGGGCCCUGCUGAACGCAAGGAGGCCGAUGGCAACGCCGGACGGUUCGUGCGCUACCAGUUCACGCCAGCCUUUCUGCGGCUGCGCCAGGUUGGAGCCACGGUGGAAUUCACUGUGGGCGAGAAACCGAUGAAAAACUUCCGAAUGAUCGAGAGACAUUAUUUCCAGGACCAGCUGCUCAAGAGCUUCGACUUUGAGUUCGGUUUCUGUAUACCUUGCAGCAGGAACACCUGCGAGCACAUCUACGACUUCCCCCCGCUCUCCGAGGAGCUGAUCCGCAAGAUGGUAGCACAGCCGUACCAGACCCGCUCGGACAGCUUCUACUUCGUCGAGAACCAGCUAGUGAUGCACAACAAGGCCGACUACUCGUACGGGAACAGCCCCUGAGGUCAGGGGGGCUCCGGCCCCUGAGGUCAGUGCGGAGGCUCCUGGGUGCCGGAGCUCCGCCUCCUGCGCUUGGGGAUCGGACCGGGAGCUGCUCUGUUAUCUGGUGGUUGGCGGCCGACGUCUCCAGGAUGCAGGGGAUCCUGACGAGGGGUCUCGGCACAACACGUCGACUCUUUAUUCCUCUCCAUCGAUGCUGUCUGACCUGCUGAGUUCCUCCAGCAUUUUGUGUGUGUUACUCUGAGUCUCCCGGUGCUGGUCCCAGACCCAGUCCCUGAGCACAGAAUCUUCCAGAAGCAUUUCUAGGACCCGCGCCACUCCCACAAUGGGAUGUGUCCCAUUGACCCCCACCCCAACACCUGGGACACAGCUACCCCCCACCCCAACAUCUGGGGGGACAGCUACCCCUCCCCCACCCCAACAUCUGGGGCACAGCUACCCCUCCCCCACCUCAACAUCUGGGACACAGUUACCCCCCACCCCAACAUCUGGGACACACACACUCCCCUCACCCCCCCACUCCCCACCUACUGUACACCAUCCGCUCAUCUGGGACACAGUCUCUCCUCGCCCUCCCCAUUUCUGGGACGUGCCCACCCCUCAUGCCCGCAUCUGGAAGGUGGCGGCUGUGUUCUAGGACUAGUGAGUGAGCCGGGUGAUUCUUUUGGCCACUGGGGACCAGAUGUGUGGGUUCUGAAACAUCUGGAUUAGCUCCCCGUCCCGAUCGGAACAGCUUGUUGCCCCCCCCCCCCAUGUUCCUGCUCCCUGCUCAGGGACUCCAACACCACACACUGUCUCGCUGCCGGUCGGGGGGACAGACUGGCCGCUGCUACCUCCCAGGCUGCCAAUUCCCGGGCUUCCCGCUCUUCACAGAACAGUACAGGCCCUUCGGCCCACAAUCCUGUGCUGCCCUUUUAAUCUACUCUAAGAUCAGUCUAACCCCUCCCUCCCUCGUAGCCUCCAGUUUCCUAUCAUCCAAAUGUCUGUUAAGUGUCCCCGGUGUACCACCAGCCCGGCAGAGUGGCGUUACACACUCCCACCACUCUCUGUGGAAUAAACUAGCCCUGACAUCACCCUCUCAACUGUCCUCCAAUCUCAAAAUUAUCAAGUUCCGAUUCAGUUUAUUGUCACACAACCGUACGUGUGUGUGACCACCAAACCAGACAACGUUCCUCUGAACCGGUGUCACUCACACUCACUGAUUAUGAAGUAAUAUCAACACUAGAAUUUUAUUUACUUAGCGUGGAGUCAGCCCUCCUGGCUGUUCGAGAUGGGUUGCCUCAGCAACCCCAACCCUGAUUAACCCUAAGGUAACCACAGGAUGACCAGUUAACCUACCCGUUACGUCUUUGGACUGUGGGAUUUUACUGAGGGACCGGGUGAAACCCACACAUUCAGCAGGGGAGGGUGUGCACAGACUCCUUACAAAACAGCACCGGAACUGAUCUCCUCGAGCUGUAAUAGCCUCGCACUAACCACUAUGCUACCCCAAAUAGUUAAACAGUAAGGUGUAUUUACGACAUGUUAAAAAGUACACAGUAUAACACCACUGGCACCUCAGGUGUGAUGAGACCUGGGUGGUGACAGGGAGUUCAGUCAUCUCACGGCCUGGGGAAGAAGGUGUUUCCAUCCUAACGGGUCUUGUCCUAAUGCCACGGUACAUCCUGCCCCUCACUUCACCCAUGAACCUGAGAUCCCUGUGAUUAGUCGGGCUCUGAGGUGUGCAGGGGGUCAGAACCCCCUCCCUCCCGUCCCAGUGGCCUGAAUCAUGGCCAGCUCAGCUAACAUUCACCUCCCAAGGUUUGGGAUGACCCAGAACAGUGAAAUCCAACUUGCCUCCUUCCUGCUGUCCGUGAUUCCCUGUGUGCGUCUGCCCUGGAGAACCACUGGCUCCACCCUGAACACCCCAUUCGGAGGUCCCUUCGUGGGUCUGUCCAUAUUGCCCCUUGUGAUACAGCACAGAACCAUGCUAGUGAAGGUGCAUUCAUCUGUAUUUGGCUCAUACCCAUUCCUCUCCCUGAAUGUGUCCCUGUGUGCUUUAAAUGCUCUAUCUGCCCCUCCCCCAUUUCCCCACUACCCUGUGUUGCCCCAUGACCCCCCAUUUCCCCCAUGGUAGGCUUAUUCAGAAAGUCAGAAGGCAUGGGAUCCAGGGAAGUUUGGCCAGGUGGAUUCAGAAUUGGCUUGCCUGCAGAAGGCAGAGGGUGGUGGUGGAGGGAGUACAUUCAGAUUGGAGGACUGUGACUAGUGGUGUCCCACAAGGAUCUGUUCUGGGACCUUUACUUUUCGUGAUUUUUAUUAACGACCUGGAUGUGGGGGUAGAAGGGUGGGUUGGCAAGUUUCCAGACGACACAAAGGUUGGUGGUGUUGUAGAUAGUGUAGAGGAUUGUCAAAGAUUGCAGAGAGACAUUGAUAGGAUGCAGAAGUGGGCGGAGAAGUGGCAGAUGGAGUUCAACCCGGAGAAGUGUGAGGUGGUACACUUUGGAAGGACAAACUCCAAGGCAGAGUACAAAGUAAAUGGCAGGAUACUUGGUAGUGUGGAGGAGCAGAGGGAUCUCGGGGUACAUGUCCACAGAUCCCUGAAAGUUGCCUCACAGGUAGAUAGGGUAGUUAAGAAAGUUUAUAGGGUGUUAACUUUCAUAAGUCGAGGGAUAGAGUUUAAGAGUCGCGGUGUAAUGAUGCAGCUCUAUAAAACUCUGGUUAGGCCACACUUGGAGUACUGAGUCCAGUUCUGGUCACCUCACUAUAGGAAGGAUGUGGAAGCAGUGGAAGGGGUACAGAGGAGAUUUACCAGGAUGCUGCCUGGUUUAGAGAGUAUGGAUUAUGAUCAGAGAUUAAGGGAGCUAGGACUUUACUCUUUGGAGCGAAUGAGGAUGAGAGGAGACAUGAUAGAGGUGUACAAGAUAAUAAGAGGAAUAGAUAGAGUGGACAGCCAGCACCUCUUCCCCAGGGCACCACUGCUCAAUACAAGAGGACAUGGCUUUAAGGUAAGGGGUGGGAAGGUCAAGGGGGAUAUUAGAGGAAGGUUUUUUACUCAGAGAGUGGUUGGUGCGUGGAAUGCACUGCCUGAGUCAGUGGUGGAGGCAAAUACACUAGUGAAGUUUAAGAGACUACUAGACAGGUAUAUGGAGGAAUCUAAGGUGGGGGCUUAUAUGGGAGGCAGGGUUUGAGGGUCGGCACAACAUUGUGGGCUGAAGGGCCUGUACUGUGCUGUACUAUUCUAUGUUCUAUGUUCCCCACUACCCCGUGUUGCCCCAUUUCCCUACUACCCCAUGUUGCCCCAUGGUUCCCCAUUUCCCCACUACCCGCUGUUGCCCCAUGGUUCCCCAUUUCCCCACUACCCGCUGUUGCCCCAUUUCCCCACUACCCGCUGUUGCCCCAUGGUUCCCCAUUUCCCCACUACCUGCUGUUGCCCCAUUUCCCCACUACCCGCUGUUGCCCCAUGGUUCCCCAUUUCCCCACUACCUGCUGUUGCCCCAUUUCCCCACUACCCGCUGUUGCCCCAUGGUUCCCCAUUUCCCCACUACCUGCUGUUGCCCCAUUUCCCCACUACCCGCUGUUGCCCCUUGGUUCCCCAUUUCCCCACUACCCGCUGUUGCCCCAUGGUUCCCCAUUUCCCCACUACCCGCUGUUGCCCCAUUUCCCCACUACCCCAUGUUGCCCCCAUGCCCCCCCCCCGCCGUCCCACCCAAGUCAUCCUGUCUGUUGAGGCACUGUUUCCCUCCCCCCAUUUUGGAGAGGUUCUGUUUCGGGGCAACAUUCUGUAGACUGUUUAUCGUUAUUUCCACUACCCCCCCCCCACCACCACCAUUUCAUUUAGAGAUACAGGCGGGACUGGCCCUUCCGGCUCCACCGCCCCACCGAUCUAACACGAGCCUUUCAGGGGACUGUUUACAGCCACUGGACUGUGGAGGAAACCGGAGCUCCCGGAGGAAACCCACGCGGUCACUGGGUGAACGUACAGACUCCUUACAGAGUGCGCCGGAACUGAACCCCGUGUACGGGGCGCGGUGUAACAUUGUCGCGCUAACCGCUCUCGUACCAAUUCUCAGCCUCGCAGCCGCCCCCACACCCGGCGCCGAGGGGCAGUGGGCUCGGGUGGUCCGAGGGUGAGGGGUGGCGAGUGCGGGACCUGGUUAACCAGCGCACCUCUCUGUUCUUAUCGCUGAGAGCCUCGAGAUUCGCCCGCUGAGAAAACCACCGUAACCGGUGAACACGCUGGGCCCGUGGGGGUUCGGGAGGGUGUCGGCCGGUUGGGGGGGAGCUGAAACGAGAGGGCGGCCUAGUUUACCGGUUGCAAACCCAAAACGCAGUGGUGAUCCUUAGAAGCGGCGUUUCGUGGGGCAAGGCUUCUCUGAACUGUGAAUGUGGAGGAAAAGAGUGUGAGAGAGAGAGAAAUACAUAUAUAGAGAGAGACACGGAGAGAGAAGACGGGCACGGUGCACGCUCCGCGAUCCCCUCCUCAGUCACGUCGUACGGGACUCCGGUGUGGUGAGUGGGUUGUGUCGUGGCGUUUGUGUAAUUAUACAAAUAAAGAUUGCGCCGUGUUCACGUUGAGCCGUGAUUCCUUUGCUCGCUCGCCGCUGCCUCUGACCGUCCCGCAUUCACCGGCGUUAGGGACAUGGUGGGGCUCUGCGAGGGACCCGGGUGAGGGUGAGGGUUGGUGUCACCCAGCGGGAGAUCAGUGACGCGUCCCGCGGCGAGAAGAAAAGCUUAAAACGCAGAACUCACCCGCCCAGAGGUUCGAACAACCGCGCAUUCAGCGUAACAAUCUCACACGGUGAUUCAUUCCAAGAUUUAUGAUGGCUUACUGACACUUCAGUGUAGAGGAGAAUGAUAUUGUUGUUUCUCUAGAUCCGAUACAGCACGAAAAAUAAAAUGAACAUUAAUUUCAAAACACAAU